CCAUGCAGCAAUCUUGGGAUCGGACAAGCAGCAUUGAGAGUGUCAAGAAAGGCCACACAAAAAUGCUGGGAAAAGGACAAAGUGGCGGAUAUCCCCCUGAGACUACGGGUGAACUCUUGCAGAGCCUCAGUGCAGUACCUGUGGACAGCACCGAUAACAAAGCCCUCCAGGUGGGUGGCCAGUUGCCAGGCAGUGUGCAGGUGGGGCCUCAGCAGCAGAACCAGCAGCUCCUCCUGACUCCAGCUAGCCUCCAGCUUGCUCAGCUCCAGGCCCAGCUCGCCCUCCAUCGCCUCAAACUAGCUCAGGGGGGCAACACAGCCACUGCCGCCUCUGUUCUCAAUCAGGUUCUUUCCAAUGUCGCCAUGUCCCAACCCUUGUUCAAUCAGCUACGGACUUCCACCAUGGUCGGGAAUCCACAGGGUGCCUUCUCCACAGGAGUGCUAGGUCUUCCCUCUUCAAAUUCAGCCUUGGGGGCCUUGGUGGGUGGUUUCCACCAAAACCCAGGGAACGUGAGACUGAACCAUCCUGGUGUAGGCGGCACAGUGGCCCAGCAGAGCGCGGAGUAUGGAAAAAAGUCAGGUCCAGCUUACCCCGCUGAUACUGACAGGCGUCUGCAGUACAACUUAGUUGGUGGGACAUCUGCAGCAUCAGUCACUGGUGGUGAUGGACAGUACACAAUGAUUAACUCUCAGGCAAAAAACAUGAAAAAUGUUGGUUUUCAGAGAGAUUUCUAUGGGCAGGAUGUGCAGGGACAACAAGCUGGAUUUAGUGUCAAUGAGCAGAACAUAAAUGUUUAUAACACCAGUGGGCAUAAGGAGCAAUGGAAAGGCCCCGCUAGCAUGAGCCACAGUGGAAAGGAUAUGGUUUCUAAUGCUGCCUCUGUGUGGACAGCAGCUGGGCAGCCAAUUCGGUCCCAAACAGAACUUUAUAACCCAGAGGAGCCAACCUCUGACCCCAAGUUCAAUCACAGCAGUGGGGUUUCCUCUUUGGGGUCAAGUGGCACACAGGGAUUUGGGAGCUACCAGCUCCGGCAUGGAAGCGAAGAAACCCAAUCUUCAGGUACCAGGACACUUCAACCAUAUCAAGUUAAUGAUUACCACGCUGUCACGCCCACUCAGCUGCCACACCAGUGUAGCAUCUGUGACAAGAAGGUCUACAACCUCAAGGACUGGGACCAGCACGUGAAGGGAAAACUACAUCUGCAGAAUCGAACAUUGUACACAAAUGAAAGCUCCGCCGUGGUAUCAGCUGGAGCUGUUCACUACGCUGUCGGCAGGCCUUCUGAUGGAGGUCUGAACCCCGGAGGGACGAGCUCCAUGGUCUACUCUGUUGCGAGUCAAGAUGUACCCUCAGGAGCCAAUACAUCAUACUUACCAGCUGCAGCCAUGAAGACUUAUCCUAUGUCAGACACAGGAUUCGCCUCACACCAGCCAGAGUCAAAGCCAUUUCCACCCAGAAAAGCAACUGCAGGGCGAGUCGUUCACAUCUGCAACCUCCCUGAAGGCAGCUGCACAGAGAAUGAUGUCAUCAACCUGGGACUGCCCUUUGGCAAAGUCACCAACUACAUCCUCAUGCGCUCUACUCAUCAGGCAUUUCUGGAGAUGGCGUAUGUAGAAGCAGCUCAGGCCAUGGUUCAAUACUACCAACUUACUCCAGCUAUGAUUAACAACCAGAAACUUCUCAUACGAAUGUCUAAGAGGUACAAGGAGCUGCAGCUCAAGAAACCAGGAAAAGAUGUUCAGUCGAUCAUCCAGGAUAUCACCUCUCAGCGGGAAAGGGAUGAGAUGCAAGAACUUGAACACUACAUGCCGGAGAGAGCACGCUCCCGCAGCCCUAUCAGUCGCUCUCUGAGUCCUCAUUCCCAUAGCCCCAGCUUUACGUCAUGCAGCUCAGCCCACAGCCCCCAGGGGCCCGCAUGCAGGGGUCUGGAGAGAAGCAGCAACGGCCUGGGCCCCUGCCGUGGUCCUUGGGAUUGGUCAUCACAUUUAAGAAGGGGUGAGGAUGAAAGGGAGAGGGAUGACCUAUGGCGGAAUGGAGGAAGCAUGGAUGACGAUCGGCCUAAUGGGAGAGCGGCCGACCGCCGGAAGGCCUACCAGAAACCUUUGGAUCAUAUCAGCUCAAGAUCUGCAGAUGAGCGAGGAGGAGGUGAAGGGAUGAGGGGCAACAGAGACUGGCACUCACGUGGCAGCCCUCAAGGCAUGUCCUUCAACUCUUACAGGAACAUGGAUGAUGACUUCUACAUGAAAGAGCAAAUGUACAAGUCGGACAAGCCGCUCAGAUCUCCAUACCAAAGGCAUGACAUAAAGACAAAGAGGAGGGAUGGUGGUGACGGCCAUGGUAGGCCGAGGCAUUCUGAGUUUGACAUGAAUGAGGAACCGCGUUGCAGAACACCAGAAGAAAGGAGGCAGAGUUCACCAGGCAGGGGUAGGAGCAAAAAGACAAGCAGGAGGCACACCACUGCAGAAAAGCAUGAGAGGGAAAAUACUACUGAAAAUACUGAUCGCCAGUCAAAAGAAAAAUCACUUUCACCUCAGCAAAGCAACAAAUCAAAAGAAGCUACUGAAAGUGGUAAAGACAGAGACACUGAGAAGGAGUGGGAAAGUGGAGUUGACACUGAUGAGGAGUGUUGGUAUCCCAAGAACAUGGAGGAACUAGUCACUGUUGAUGAAGUGGGAGGAGAAGAUGAUUCCAUUAUUGAGCCAGAUCUUCCUGAGCUGGAAGAGUAUGCAUCCUGCCCCAAAGAGUGUGUGGAGGAAGGAGCAGUAGAAGAGCACAUAUCACCACCUACCUCUUCCAUGGAGGCACAGGAGACAUUUAACAAGCAGUCUAACCAGGAACAGUCCAGCAGAGAUGAUGGAGACCAGGCUGAAACAUCUGUAUCUGAGGAAGCAGAGAACAUUUCAACAAACUCAACCAGUCCUGCAGAACAGAAACUCAGUCAGGUGGCUCCUGAGCUGCCAGUCACAAACCUCAGUGACUUCCCCACUGAGGACUUCAAGACUGCACUGGAGGAGACAUGUUUAGAGGAUAAAGUAACCAACAGUGGGCCAUUAGAGGAGCCAAUGGAAAAUCACAUUAGAGUAUUAGAGGACAGCAAGACCCAGGAAGUAGGACAGGUCACGGAAACUGUCACUAACGGGGCACAGCUCAAGGAUGGCAUUCUUAAAAAAGAGAUUGAGGCCCCCUCACCAUCUCGUGAGCAAGACAAAGCUAUCAGUGAACACAGCAUCCCUUUGGGGGUGGAGUUCAUUGUGCCGAGGACCGGCUUCUACUGUAAACUCUGCGGAUUGUUCUACACCAGCGAGGAGAAUGCAAAGACAACACACUGCCGCAGCACUGUACACUACAGGAACCUGCAGAAGUACCUAUCUCAGCUGGCAGAAGAAAGUCUGUCGGACACACUUUCUGAACCUUCAGCUGCACAGUGACAUCAACUUGACCUCUCACCUCUUGUACAGCGAAUAGCAGAGGAAAGAUUCAUGUACGUGUGCUGUCGGUGCCAGGCUACGGUCAACUACAGCGUAAGGAUAAUGUGACACAUGGAAGCUAGAGUAUGUGGACAAUUGCACUGGUUUUGAUAUUUUGAAGAGAGGGAUGCUUACAUGUCUAGAAUGGCAUGGACAAUCCCGGCCAUAGAUGCUCUCAAGUUUGUACAUACCUAAAGUGUAAUGUAUAGUGAGGCUUCAAUUUUUAAUUGGAAUUUUUUGUUGUUGUUGUUGUUUGAUUUGAUUUGUCCAUUUUCUUACAGUUUAUUUCACUGGGUUGUGUGUGAAUCAGUUUUGUUAUUUUUUGGAAUGGAAAUGUAUUUGCAAUUAUGUCUAAUUAGUGAGAAGACAAACUUACAUAGUGUGGUCUUAUGUUAGUCCGUUUUUAGUCCAUUUUCUGAGUUUAAAUCAGUUGCUCUCAUGAGAAAACCUCAUUUUUAAUUUGGUCUGUACAUUGUCCUAGUAACAAGGAUACCUUUAAAGCUGCAAAAUGACUUGAAAUAUGCGUCAAGGAACGUGUUUCCUCGGCUAAUAAGCUGAGGACGAUUCUCAGGUUUGUUGUAUGUGUUGAACAGAUUUCAAUGUAUAGCACGGUACACAUUUACAUUUUUAUUUAUAUCUGGGGCUGUGAAGGCUCUUGCAAUUUUUAUUUCAUCCUGUGCCUGUUUGUGCACUACUUUAUAUGUCAGGUAAAAAUAUAUAUCCUUUGGACUAAUAAUGAUGCAACUAUGCAAAAGAUCUUUAUUUUUUUUUUUUUUUUUUUUUUUUUUUUUUAGAUUGAAUUCAUAAGAGAACCUCAGUCAUAUCUACCAACCUAUAAUGCCUUAAACUGGACCAUGUGUUUAAUUCAUCAUAGUUAAACAUGCAACGUUUCAUGUUACAGAGAUUUGUUUCAGAAGGAUUAUCAAGCCAGACUCUCUUUUUGUAUACUGUGAAUAUUGAUCCUGUGACAUAGUGAGAUAGUGUUGUUUUCUUUGAAAAACCUUUCAUAUGAU